GUGAUGCUAUUCCUUUAUAAUGGCCUGUAUUAUUUUCCCCUAUAGGUUUGCACGGGCUCCAUUUGAAACCUCACUAGAGCCAAUGGCUUGGACUGUGCAGAAAAACAACACGAUUUUCCCUCUCCUAAACAGGCAAAUACGCACGAUCAUAGAGACGGGUCUCCUGCAGAAGUGGGGAGCGCAGGUCCUUGACAACCGAAUCGACGCGUGCUCAGAGACGGACGCGGCGUCGGUCGCUGCCAGGCAGAUCAGCUUGCGACAGAUGCUGCCGGUCUUCGUGAUGCUGUUCGCGGGCGUCGCCGCCGGCCUGCUGCUCCUCCUAGCGGAGAUUGUCGGCAAGCAGCUGAAACAUAGACGCGCGCAGACGAACGUCUUAUCGCUACCGAAAGCUUGGUGACCGCUUAUCGCAGGUGACCGCCUAUCACAGGUGACCGCUUAUCACAGGUUGCCGCCUAUCAUAGGUGACCGGCUAUCACAGGUGGCCGGCUAUCGCAGCACACGCGCACACACGCACACACGUCCGCACGCACGCAC